CGAGUUCUGGCCGCUGCGGUGCGCCGCGCCCCCCUGCCUGGCGUAAGCGGGCGCGCGGCGAAGUGGGCCCGAUGGCCGCGUUGGACGCGGCGGCGAGGCCCAAGAAGAAGAAGGUCAAGCGGCGGCCUGUGGCCGCAGACGCUGGCGACUCCGUGGCCGCUCCCGGCACUGGGGCCGAGGAACCCGCCAAGGAACCCGAGGAGCGAGAGCAGGAGCAGAGGUGCCAGAAGAAGAAGAGGCGACGGCAGGACGGCGCUGCGCCGUCUAGCGCCGCCCCAGCCCCCGCCAGGGACGCUGAGCUCGGUGGCGCCCCGCCCAUCGCUGGCGCGGGGGCGGCGCCCGUCGGUCAGGACGCCGCCAGGCCAGCAGACACGGGUGCGCCGAAGACCUUCGCAGACCUGGGCGUGUGCGAGGAGCUGUGCCGUGCCUGCGAGCUCUUGAAGUGGCAUACGCCCACCCCCAUACAGGUGGAGUCUAUCCCUUGGGCCCUGCAGGGGCGGGACGUGAUCGGCCUCGCCGAGACGGGCAGUGGCAAGACGGGCGCCUUCGCGUUGCCCAUCGUUCAGCGCCUCCUGGACACCCCGCAGCGCUUCUUUGCCGUUGUGAUGGCGCCCACGCGAGAGCUCUGCGUGCAGAUCGGCGAGCAGUUCGAGGCCAUCGGCAGCGGCAUCAAGCUCCAGACAGCCGUGGUCGUGGGCGGUCUGGACAUGGUCACGCAGGCCAUGGCGCUGGCGAAGCGGCCUCACGUGGUCGUCGCGUCGCCAGGGCGGCUGGUAGACCACUUGGAGAACACGAAGGGAUUCCACUUGAAGACCGUCAAAUACGUCGUGAUGGACGAGGCGGACCGUCUCCUGUCGAUGGACUUCGACGAGGCCCUGGACAAGAUUCUGGAGGUCAUCCCGCGCGAGCGGAACACGUUCCUCUUCUCCGCCACGAUGACGUCCAAGGUGUCCAAGCUCCAGCGGGCCUCCCUGAGGCGGCCGGUCAAGGUGGAGGUGAGCACCAAGCACGACACUGCAAAAGGCCUCGUGCAGAACUACAUUUUCCUCCCGUACAAAUUCAAGCAGACGUACUUCGCGGCCCUCAUCGCUCACUUCCAGCAUUACGCCGUGAUGGUCUUCACGGACACGUGCCUUGGUGCGCAGAGGCUGGCCAUUUUUCUGAGGCACCUCGGCUGGAACUCGAUAGCGCUGCACGGGCAGAUGUCGCAGGCGCAGCGCUUGGGCGCCCUGAGCGGCUUCAAGGCAAGGGAGAGCCGGAUCCUUGUCGCGACGGACGUCGCCUCGCGGGGUCUGGACGUGCCAUCCGUGGACCUGGUGGUGAACUUCGACAUACCGAAGAACUCCAAGGACUACGUCCACAGGGUGGGCCGCACGGCCAGGGCAGGCAGGUCGGGGCGAGCAGUGACAUUGGUGACUCAGUACGACAUCGAGCUGUUCAAGAGGAUCGAGCACUUCUUGGAGAAGAAGCUCGAGGAGCUUAAGGAGUUUACAGAAGACUCUGUAAAGGCCAACCACGAGCGCGUCUUGGAGGCGAUGCGGAGCACGGAGCUAGAACUCCGGGAGAAGGACGAAGGCAUGGCCGGCAAAGCUGUCAACAGAAAGAUCAAGCAGUUGCAGUCCAAAGGCGGGAAGAAGAAGAUGCAGAAGGGGCGAUGAUAUCGAUCAUGAGCGGAGCAGGUGCCCCUUCUCAUUCGACGCGCUCUCGCACCUAGCUUUCCAGUCGCCCCCGCGGUGGCACCGUCCUGCCACAGUGGCAAGAGACAGUCGUUGUGCAACUGGAAGCGUGGCGAAGCCGAAGGCUCCACACGCAACAGCACACGAAUCUCUCCACGAUCACCGUUGUCAUCGCCAUCG